GACUUUCUUAAGAAAAACGACGACAUCGACGAGGAGGCACUCGCAGGUGCUGCCAAGACGGAAGUUGAAAAUGGUCCAGUGUCCGCGUUGCACAAUGACAAUCGGUCCAGAUGGGCAGCUACGAUAGUAUCCUCUAAGCCGAUCAAAAUACUCUCAAAGGAAUUUGCUACCAACAAGAAAUAUAAGCCACCCGAAUAUACUACGGAAGCCUACGAUAAAAAUGAGCCAAAAAACAGGUACAAUGACAUUAUUUGUAUCGAUUCAACGCGUGUCGUUCUGAAAGACAGACCGUCGGAUGAUGAUUAUAUUCACGCAAGCUGGAUGACAAUGCCCGACCAAUUUAAGUACAUAUGCACGCAG